GACGAGACUUGGUUGGCGCCAAUUCCACAACACACACAGGAAGGUUGAAAGGAGAUUAAAAUUCAAAUAGUGAAAAAUGCCUACUGCAAGCGACCAAAUCGAUCGCCAUCUCCCAUGGGUGGAAAAAUAUAGACCAAGCUCACUUGAAGAUUUGAUUUCACAUAAAGAUAUUGUUAACACAAUUCAGAGGUUUAUAAAAGAAGACAAGCUGCCUCAUUUAUUGUUCUAUGGCCCUGCUGGAACUGGAAAAACAUCAACCAUCCUUGCUGUUGCUAAACAGAUUUAUAGCAAAAAAGAAUUUAGCUCAAUGGUUUUGGAGUUGAAUGCAUCUGAUGAUAGAGGCAUUGGGAUCGUGAGAGAGCAAAUUCUUACAUUUGCAAGCACAAGAACAAUUUUCAAAUCCAAGUUCAAACUUGUGAUUCUUGAUGAAGCUGAUGCAAUGACCAAUGAUGCACAAAAUGCGCUAAGAAGAGUUAUGGAAAAAUAUACAGAAAACACACGAUUCUGUUUGAUUUGCAAUUUUCUUACGGGUAUCAUUCCAGCACUACAGUCUAGAUGUACACGUUUUAGAUUUGGACCACUUGAAACAGAGCAAAUGCAGUUACGUCUAGAUCAUGUUAUCAAAGCAGAAAAUGUUAAUGUUACUCCAGAUGGAUUGAGCAGCAUCAUAAGACUCGCCAGUGGUGAUAUGAGGAAGUCUCUCAACAUAUUACAGUGUGCAUCUCUGGCUUUUGAUAUUGUCAAUGAAGAUAAUGUGUACACAACAACAGGGCAGCCUCUGAGAAGUGAUAUUAAUAGCAUUGUCAACUGGAUGUUAAAUGAAGACUUUACCACAGCGUAUAACAAUAUUACUCGAAUGAAAAAUCUGAAAGGUUUGGCACUGCAAGAUAUGCUGCAUGAAGUUCAUUCCUAUGUACACAGAAUUGAUUUCCCUCCACAAAUCAGAAUUACAUUGCUGAAGAAAAUGGCAGAAAUUGAAUAUCGCCUGGCAUCUGGAACAUCAGAGAAAAUUCAACUGAGUUCAUUGAUUGCUGCAUUUCAAGCUGUGAGAGACAUUGCUGCUGCUGAAGCUGAAUGAUCUGGAAUGAACGCUUCCUUGGACAAACGGCAGAACCUUAGCUUAGCUCAAAGGCAUUAGGUUGACCUGCAGAGGCAUAUAGGAAAAUUAAGUGAAAAUUUAUAAAUAAGGUUGAACAUUUCUUGAAUAUAUUGAAGGCAUUUUAUUUGGUUGCAGCAGCCAUUAAUACAAAAAAACCACUCAGGAAAACAAUUCUCAGUUGGGAUCAUAUUUUGCAUUGGGCUUCUUUUGAACUGAUCACAUGCCAAGAGUUCUGUGAUACGUGAAAGGAUAAUAAAAGGACUGAAAGAAUGUUGAAACUAUUUAUUUUGUUCUUAUCAUUCCAAAAGAGUAAGUUUGAAUGUUGAAUAUCAUAAAGGAAUCUCUAAACAAGAGAUCCAUUAUGUUAAGUGGAUGUUUUGGUUUAAUAGAAUUAUGCAAUGGGUGUAAUUUGCAUUGAAUUCCAAAGUUUCAUCCAUCUGCAGAACAUUAGCAGAGUGGGUUUUUGGCUUAAAGAUAUACAAAAUCAUUUGAAGUUAGCACAAAAAAGGACAAAUCAUACAGAUAUUUUCUUACCAACAACAGUGCUAUGUGAAGAAGAAGACAUUUAUUAUUUCUUUUGAUGAUAUAGAACAGAAGAUGAGUGCACUUGUUAAGUCUAUGUGACAAUCAAUGUAAAGCCAUUUUUACCAAUACAUUAUAAAUUUGUUUAAAAAAUGAUUUUCACUUUAUAGUUGAGUAUAAAUCAUAUGCUGUAACUGAAAAAUAUGUAUUGUUUGAAUAUUGAAAA